AUACAUACAGAUAUCUAGCACCAAAAAAAACGAAUAGACAGGAAGAGUAUUUUAACCGUUCGUUAUAUGUAUAGUACACUCAUGGCAGUCUGAAUAACACAUUUCGCAUUUUUGUUUGUUUUUGCGUUUUACAAAAUGGCACGAUCUUGCCAAGGUCGAGUUAUAAAUUGGGCCCUAAUAUUCCUCAUCUACUGUUCGAUACAAGUGUAUUCAGCUACAACCCAAGGCCCAUUUACAGAAUUUGACGAAAUAUCCACAUCAAAUGUAGCACCAAAUAUCGAAAUUGAAAAAUCCACAGAAACAACAACAACCAACACUAUUUAUUAUGUACCCAAUUUGUUGUACAUACCUCGUCGAACUCGAUGUAUACCGCCAGAUAUUGAACGAUAUCCAAGACCAUUGAUUCCACAGACAUGGAGGAAAAAUGGGGGCCUAAUUGUACACGUUUUAGUAGUAUUGUUUACAAUUGUCGGACUAAAUGUCGUUUGCGAUGGUUAUUUUGUUUCGAGUAUACAUCGAAUAUCUGAAAAACUGAAGCUUUCACCUGAGGAUGCAGGAUCAACGUUUAUGGCCGUAGGAACUAGUAUUUAUAAACUCUUAAUGGCUGUCAUUGGACCGUUUUUCGAUUUUGAGGGUAAGGAUGGUGUUAGUGUAUCAAGUGGCAUUGUUGGCAGUACAGUCUUCAACGUUAUUUUAAUAUCCGCUUGCGCGCUAUGUUCCGGAACAGUUUGUUAUUUAAAUUGGAGAAAUUUAGUUCGAGAUUGUGUCUUCUGCUUAAUUUCAAUUGUUGCUAUGUUUGUUGUCACCAUCAACGACCACAUAGCUUGGUACGAAACUGUAUCAAUGGUUUUGUUCUACAUCGUGUAUUGUGCAGUGGUAUUUAUCAACACAUCACGUAAACGAAAGGCACAGGCGAUAAAUUCUAAACAAAUAAACCAAGCUUCUGUCGCCAUUUCACAACCGAAAGUGACCAAUCAAGAAACUCAAAUAAUUGACCACCCAUCAAAGGAUUCCGGACCACACGAAAUUCUUGACCCAUUGGAAAAACCUAUCAAUACCAGUUUACUAGCAAGAAUAUUCCGGGCCAUCGCCUAUCCCAUCCAAUAUGUGUGCGAAUUGACAAUUCCAGACUGUAGAACAUAUCGUAAUCGGUAUGCGCUGACAUUUGUCAUGUCAAUCAUAUGGAUAUUGCUUUACUCUUACUUAAUGGUUUGGCAAAUCACAAUAAUUGGCUAUACAAUAGGCAUACCAGAUGCUGUUAUGCGCCUAACAUUUGUUGCUGCUGGUAUUUCUGUUCCGAAAGUACUAAGUUCGAUAGCUGUCAUCAAAGAGGGUUAUGGAGAUAUGGUAAUUCCACAUGCACUUGGAUCAACUAUCUUCGAUAUACUCAUUUGCCUUGGCCUGAAGUGGUUAAUUCAAACGACACUAAUUGAUUAUGGCGGUCAUAUCAACGUCUUGUCCAAAGGCCUAACUUACUCAACUAUAUGGCUAAUAUCUUCAGUUGUUUUACUUUUGUUAUCGCUCCGGUUGAACGGAUGGAAGCUGGACCGUAGAAUUGGAUACAUACUAUUGGCCUUACUGUUGGUAUAUAUAACGAUAGCAUUGAUGUACGCAUUAAACGUAUUUGGCAUCGAAAAUCCCUUACAAUGUAAUACUCUUUAUUAAAUAAAGUGAUAGUGACCUAACU